GGGCUUCUGCUUCUUCAACUCUGUUGCCAUUGCUGCUAAGCUUCUACAACAAAAACUUGCCAUAAGUAAAAUCCUUGUUUUGGAUUGGGAUAUCCAUCAUGGCAAUGGGACCCAGCAGGCAUUCUACAGUGAUCCCAGUGUGCUUUACAUCUCCCUCCAUCGCUAUGACAAUGGCAAUUUCUUCCCAGGCAGUGGAGCUCCUGAAGAGGUGGGCAAUGGGAUGGGUGUAGGUUACAAUGUAAACAUUGCCUGGACUGGUGGUGUGGAUCCCUCUAUUGGUGAUGUGGAAUAUCUGACAGCCUUCAGGACUGUGGUGAUGCCUAUAGCCCACGAGUUCUCCCCAGAUAUGGUCCUUGUUUCUGCUGGCUUCGAUGCUGUUGAGGGACACUUGUCCCCGUUGGGUGGAUAUUCCGUCACAGCCAAAUGUUUUGGGCACCUGACCAAACAACUAAUGAAACUGGCAGAUGGGCGUGUUAUCCUAGCUUUAGAAGGUGGUCAUGACCUGACUGCCAUCUGUGAUGCCUCUGAAGUCUGUGUCUCUGCCUUGCUUGGCCUUGAGUUGGAACAGCUGGAUCAAGCUCUUUUCCAACAGAAACCCAAUGCAAAUGCCAUAGCCACAUUGGAGAAUGUCAUUGAAAUCCAGAGCAAACACUGGAAUUCGGUGAAAAGUUCUGCAGCAAUUAUCGGCUGCUCUUUGCUAGAGGCACAGAAGGGUGAGGCAGAAGAAGCAGAGACAGUCAGUGCCAUGGCAUCACUGUCAGUGGACACAGAACAGGGAAAAGCAGACUGUGGUAUCCGGUAG